AUGGCAAAGUACGAUGCAGACAUGAACGCCUUCACCGAUGCCGGCGGCGGCAUCAAGAGGAAGGCAGACACGCAGGCUACGAAGGAUCCCGCUGCACCAAAGAAGCCGGUAGGGGGCGGGUUUGGUUGCUUCCUUGCGCAGAACAGGGCGGCUUUUUCGAAAGAUGUGAAAGGCCAGCCGGUCGCAGCCGUUACCAAGCUUGCUUCCAAGAAAUGGAAGCAUCUCAGCGAGGACGAGAAGAAGGUCUACCAAGAGGAGUACGAAAUAAAACAAGCCGAGUACGAACAGGCCAAGAAGCUGUAUGUCCGGCUAGCCACCUACAGGGAGGCCGAGAAGCCUGUGAAGAACGCGCGGCUGGCCAAGGAGAAUAAGGAAGCAAACGGAAACGAGGAUGCCGAGAAGGCAGCUCAGGAUAAGAGUGCCGAGAAGGAGAUCAAGGCAACGGCCAAGGCUAAAACGGCUAAAGCCACAGCCAAGGCAUCCCCCAGCACCAGCAGAAGGCCUGGCAUGAAGCUACUGCCAAAAUCGCCUUUUGAUUGUUUCUACGCGCAGAUUCGAGCGGGUGAGAGGCUACACUUCUCCGUGCCAAUCUCAGCCAUCAGAAAAUGUGCGUUUCACAGAUGGACUAUGCUCGGCGAGGACGACAAGGCCUACUACCGAGAGGAGUAUGAAAGAGCGAAAUCCGAGUACGAGGCCGCGAAGAAUGCGCAGCUGACCGGCAUUGACAAGGAGGAGACUGAGAAGCGUCGUGAGAUCCAAAUCAGAUCCGCAGGCAUGAGUGCCUUCAUCGAUGCCGGCGAGAAGAAGGGCACCAAGAGGAAGGCAGACAAAGCAGUCACGACGAAGGACCCCACAACACCAAAGAAGCCAGCAGAGGGUGCCCGUGGCAGUCAGUUCCACACGCAGAACAGCGCAGCCUUUUCAGCAGAUGCCAACGGCCAGCCAGCCACAGCUGCCACCCAGCCUGCCCCCGACAAACGGAGACACCCUGGAAAGGACGAGAAGAAGGCCCAGCAAAAGGAGCACGAAACAAAAGAAGCCGAGCACGGACAGGACAAGCAGACGUAUGCCUCGCUACCCAGCACCGACAAGGAGGAGACGGAGAAGCUGGGUUCUCCACCGUCGCCACCAGCCAUGGACAUCAAAGAGAAGCGCAAGUACACUCGUGAGGAGUGGGAUGAAUGGAAUGCACACAAGCAGGCCAAAGACAGUGGCCACACGCAUCAGGAUCGGUCCGACUGGCAACGCAAAGGCAAGAUGACAGACACUGAAGACCCUGAUCAGGACGAAGAGUUCCGAUCCAGACAGCCACCUCCUGCGGCGCAGGCCCACGUCUGCGAUUCGUUUGCAGCGCCUUCACCUGCAAUCCUUCCGCCAGCAAUGCCUCCAAGCGCUCCUGCUGCGCGACCAAUCAAAGUGAUCCUUCCGCUCGAAAUCGCAAAAUACGCAAAGCGAAGGGAGAAGGAGCGCUUGGAGAAAUUGGAAAACAGUCGCAAAGAUCUGGAGCAUUACAAGGGGAAAGCUCGGCGUGAGAGGGACAGACGAAAGGAUUUGGAAACAGAUGUGGAGCACUACAAGAGGAAGGGUAAGCGCUUGGAGGAGGAUGUGGAGCAUUACACGAAACAGGCCCGGCGUGAGAGGGACAGACGAAGGGACUUGGAGAAAGAUGUGGAGCACUACAAGAGGAAGGCUAGGCGCGAGAGGAGCAAACGACGAGACUUGGAGGACCGGCUGGAGGUGCUCUCUGUGCUGUAUUUAAGAGAAGGACACAGGACGCAGGCCUCUGCUGCAUGGUGA